GUGUGUGUGUGUGUUUCCUAGUGCAAGGCAUGGGAGCCGCUCUCCUGAAGGCGUACGUGGGCGGUGUUGUUAUUUUCGAGUGCGGUUACAAGGCUGGGGACAAGGGCAGGAAGAAGAUCUUCUGCAAGGAUGACGACGUAGCCUGUUACUCCAGUCCAGCCUCCACUGGUCACUUGCAAAAACCCAGUGUGGCCAUGUUUGACACCAACAGCAACCACUUCCUCGUACUCAUGACAUCACUAACCCUGAAGGAUUCUGGGAAAUAUUGGUGUGGUGUUGGGGAGCCUCCCAAUUACACUGUCACAGCGGUACAUAGACUUGAUGUAGAGAAACGUGAGUAG